UCUUAUCGGUGAUUUAAUUUUUUUCUGGACAAACUAACGGGUUUUUUGUGCUAUCGUUAGAUGGCGUUAGGUAGGCUGUUGACAAACUGCAUAGUGGUACAUAACCUAGAAAUACAAACACGACCGUUCGCAAAAUGGCACGAAAUGCGGAGAAGGCUAUGACAACGCUUGCUCGUUGGAGAGCAGCGCAAAGUAACGAAGGAGCAAGGAAAGAGCAGGAACGGAGACCAUACCUAGCCUCAGAAUGCAGAGAUCUGCGCAAGGCAGAAAAAUGGAGAAUGCAAAUAAUUAGAGAAAUCGCAAAGAAAGUUGCUCAAAUUCAAAACGCCGGACUCGGAGAAUUUCGUAUUCGUGAUUUGAACGAUGAAAUAAAUAAGUUGCUUAGAGAAAAGCGACAUUGGGAAGCACAGAUCAAAGAACUCGGUGGGCCUGAUUAUUCCAGAGUUGGCCCUCGCAUGUUGGAUCAUGAAGGACGUGAGGUGCCUGGCAAUAGGGGUUACAAGUAUUUCGGAGCUGCCAAGGAACUACCUGGUGUCAGAGAAUUAUUCGAGCAAGAACCGCCGCCACCUCCUCGGAAAACUCGCGCGGAAUUGAUGAAGGACAUCGACGCGGACUACUAUGGUUACAUGGACGAUGAUGACGGUAUUUUGAUACCACUGGAACAAAAAGCGGAGCAAGAAGCAAGAGAAAAGUGCAUCAACGAGUGGGUAUCUCACGAAAAGGAUCCGGAAUCCACGGACAUUGAGAUCACGGCGCAGAAACCCAUUCCUACGCAGCAGGAUAUUCAGGAAGCUUUAUUAGCUAGGAAGAAAAAAGAGCUGCUGGACAAGUAUGGCUUGGACUGAGGCCUGAGUGCUGAAAGCAGUCCGCGCGAUCGUGUACAUAACAGUAAUUAUCUUUUAUAUAAUUGAACAAUAAUAAAUAUAUAUUCGUAAAUUUAUUGGUUUAAUUAUAUAUUAGAAUACAUUUUUAUAAAACGCGAUGGGGGGGAUAUGAUAAUUAUUGUUAAUUUAUAAAUACGUAAUAACAUUGAUUAAGGUAAUUAGUUUGUGCAGUAGACAUUCAAACUUGAAUUGAUGCUUAUCGAGAGAAAAAACGGGUGCUGUAGAUAAAAUAUAGAUCGAAA